GCGAAUAUAUGCUUUCUCUUGUUCUGUUUUUUCAGUGACAAUUUUCAACGAGUACUUUAGCAAUUUAUCAUCGCACUCGAUUUUUCCAUCAUGUCAAAUGCAAUAGCUAUUUCGCCGGGCCCCGACUACAAUCCAAUCACGUUCGUAUAUGUGAUCACUGGCAUAUUUUCCAUGAUAAUUUUAAUAGGGCUAUUUCUUGUACCCAGAGGAGAAAAUCAAGCACUUGUUCGUAUAUUUAUUGCGGAGACAGCUUUUUGCAUGUGGAUAUCAUGGAUGACUGUCUAUAGCUCACAAAUGCACCCGGUUUCCGGCGUGUCUUAUAAAAACACAACUCUGACUUGGUCGAGCUACGCCUGGGGGAACUCUCAUGAUAUUGACAUUGUUACGAUUGCGGUUACUACUUCUCCGUUCACAACAACAUCAACAACAACAACGACAACGACAACGACAACAACAACAACGACGACAACUACUACAACAAGCACAACGACGACUACCACCACCACGACUACUACAACAACGACCACAACUACUACAACUACUACAACUACAACAACUACUACUAGUACUACCACCACUAGUACAACAACAACGAUGUCGUUAAAUAUUGAUUAUCAUUAUCCAUACCGUUUCAAAACAUAUCGCGGCACUACCACUUUUGCCUACGGCAAUCAAGUUGGAAGGGUGUUUCUAUUGCCUUCCUAUGUUUACGGGAGUACAUCGUUCGUACAUACUUUCGAAUUUGAUGUAAAAUCAAAUUGUUCCGUGACUCUUACCUUCCGUCGUUUCGAUGAGAUAUCUAAUUUUGGCAGUUAUUACGCAGUAGUGUUUAUGAGCACAAGGCAUAUGGACUGCCGUCAUAUUAAAAGCCCUUCAUCUCUGUCUAAUAUGUGGAAUAAACGUGGAGGUUAUGUUUCUGGCAGAGUCCUAAUACCUGAACAAACCAGAAAAUUCAAGGUAUAUUUAGGUGCCUAUACUUCAUGGUUAAAAGCUUAUACAACAAUAAGAGUGGAAGUGGCAGGCGUUUCACAGCUUAGAUGUGAUCAUGAGUAUGUAUAUGCCAAUAGGGUCGCAUUUGCCACGCUCGAAAAUCGCUGGUGGUACUACUGUGAAUCAGAAUGGACUAUUUAUAAUGGACUUAUUAUAAACAGACAAUACGAAAAUAUCUCGCAUUAUGGUCUACGAGAAAAACAAUCAGAAUUUGGAUUUGAUGAAGAAAUACGAUCAUAUACUGAUACAGUAAAUAUAACUGGUCUAUACAAUUACUACGCUCCUACAGACGAGCCUAUUAAUAUUGGAGUGUUCUUGGGCAAACACGUGUGGAGAGAGUUUUUUAUCUUGCUGUGCUCGGACUUCAAGAAAUCAAAACCUAAUAUUUUGAUACAUAUCGGUGAAAAUUGGGGCGAGUAUUGCAGUAUAUCCAAAGACGGGAAAGUCGUAGUGAUCGUGAAAUGUAAUUUGCAGUGGCAGAGGAACGCCUACCUUCAGUUUUGGAUUUGGUUUAAAGAUGGGAAAAUAUCCGUCAAAUCGGGAUAUGAUAGACCAGAUCUUUAUGGUGUGUUUCUGUCGUGGAAUGACCCCAAUCCUUUUAAAGUGAACCUUUUUGCCUUGCGCACAGUCAUAGCUGAAGAAAUCCCCAUGAUUGUGCAUCACAAGAAAGUGGAAUAUACAAUUAAGAAUUGAUUAUGAUAAUUUAAUUUUAAAAGUUUAUUUUUAUCUUAUUAAUCUGUUAGUAGGUAUGUAAAAUUGUAGAUGUAGAAUUGAUUUUUAUUUGUUUUCAUUGAAUUACUUGGAAAUAAAAGCGAAACAAGUUAACAAUGUUUCUGCGUCGCACUUUGUUGCCUAGAUGCAACGACUCAUUCAGUCGCUCGUCAACAUUCUACGCGUCCAUGUAUCGAAUUUGGUCCACAUAUUGUAUUCUAAAAUGCCAUCGCGCAUUAAAACAAAGAUUAACUGUGACAAAAAGUUAAUGGAGUGACUGUUUUUUUUUAAUUUGCUCAUGAACAAUGUAAUUCUUUGUAGCCCCUCUAAGUAGACAAGACGAAUUUUAUUAAACCGUUAUAUACAUAUUCGUCCCGCAAUUUUUCUACAGUUAUAGUAUUUCGAAAAAAGUGUAACAAGAUUCUUGGAUCAAAAACGAAUAGUAACUUAUAAUAAAAACCUUAUUCGCGCAAUCAAGGGCAGGUUUAUUAAGAAAACUAAAUCACAUUUGCGAAUGUGCCAUAGAAACAAUGUAUUUUGUUAGAUCUGAAAUUUGAUUUCGUUAGAUCUAAAAAAAUAUACUGACUCUUUAAAAAGAUAAUGUAUUUUGUAAAAUCUGGAAUUCGUUUUUUUGUUGAAGGAUUUCAAUAAAAUGUUUUACU